UAAAGGUUUAAACAUUUGGUUAAAACAACAACACCAACAUGAAGUGUCUGUUGGAUCUAAUGGCUGAACACCAGAGCUGGUCAGGCGGGUAAUGUUAGCGUAUUUAGCUCUUUAGCAUCAGUUUCUAGGCUACUCUUAUGCUGGCCUGCUUGUUGUCUGCUAACUAGCCACAUGAUGCUACAUGAUAAAGUUUUCAGACACCGUGAUUCAAUGGUGUACAGUGUAAGAGAGAAUCCAACGUGUUGCAGCUUGUGAUGGACUGGUAUUAUUAAGGUUCCUUUUAUUUUGAAAGGAGAGAGAAAAACAACAACAUUUGAAAGUCUUUAUUCAGUAACUACAAUAUAAAUCAGGUUAGCCCAGUGCUCUCAACCACAGGGUUUCACUUAGGGACCAUCAAUAAAUGACCAUUUAAAUGACACACAAAAAAACAAUGUGCUUACUUGCACGUUAAGUACAAAUGAAUGAAAAGUAAAAAAUGAUGCUUACAAUAUAAUAAAUGUGUCUCCUGUAGCAAAGCUUUUUUGAUUACUGAUGUGCCCUGAUUGUCAUGAACAGUUUUAAUAGAAUAUUUUUUCAACUUUCAUAUGAUCCAAGCCUUUUUGAUUUGAUUUAGGUGUUUUAUCUACUUUAAAUGAAUAUUAUAUGACAUCUUUAUGAAAAUGUGUCAGUUUUUCAUUAAAAUGUCUUGAUUUUUAAAAUAGCUUUCAUGUCUUGUGACCUACUUACUCAAAAAUAAAUGCAGCAUUGUAUAUCUACAGUAUAUUGGGAAAGUUGGUCACAUCUAUUUGGAUUGGAUUUAAGUCUAAAUGAUAUUUCAUAUAAAUACAUUUUACUUUUUGAAAACAUUUGGAUCUUUUCAUCCAUGUAAUGUGACCUUUUUACUCAGAUGAAUGCAGACUUGUAGCACUACGCUGGACAGGUAAACCUCCACCUUCCCUAAUCACCAACCUGCAGAGAGAAAGACUCCUCACUGAAGGAGAGGCAGGGCUCUCUGUGGACGAUGAACCGCUACACCACGCUGAGGCAGCUGGGGGACGGCACGUAUGGCAGCGUGCUCCUGGGAAAGAGCAACGACACGGGGGAGAUGGUGGCCAUAAAAAGAAUGAAGAGGAAGUUUUAUUCGUGGGAUGAGUGCUUGAAUCUAAGAGAGGUUAAGUCACUGAAGAAGCUGAACCAUGCCAAUGUGGUGAAACUGAAGGAAGUGAUCAGAGAGAACGACCACCUCUACUUUGUCUUUGAGUAUAUGAAAGAAAACCUCUAUCAGCUCAUGAAGGAAAGGGAAGAUAAGAUGUUUUCUGAAAAUGAGAUAAGGAACAUUUUGUUCCAAGUUUUGUCUGGCUUAGCUUUUGUGCAUAAGCAUGGGUAUUUCCAUCGUGACAUGAAGCCGGAGAACUUGCUCUGUAUGGGUCCAGAGCUGGUGAAGAUCGCUGAUUUUGGAUUAGCCAGAGAGAUCCGCUCACAGCCGCCUUACACUGACUAUGUGUCCACAAGAUGGUACCGGGCCCCAGAGGUUCUGCUGAAGUCUAACUGCUACAGCUCACCCAUCGACAUCUGGGCGCUGGGAUGCAUCAUGGCGGAGCUGUACACUCUCAGACCUCUGUUCCCUGGAAACAGCGAGGUGGACGAGAUCUUCAAGAUCUGUCAGGUGCUGGGAACGCUGAAGAAGUCAGACUGGCCUGAGGGCUUCAACCUCGCCAUCUCGAUGAACUUCCGCUUCCCAAAGUGCGUCCCCACCAGCCUCAGAUCUCUGAUCCCAAACGCCAGCAGCGAGGCGAUCACACUGAUGAGAGACAUGCUGCAGUGGGACCCGGAGAAACGACCGAGUGCUGCUCAGGCCCUACGGUAUCCAUACUUCCAUGUCGGCCCGGUGCUCGGUGCUCCUCUGAAGAACUCGGAGCAGCACAAGGCUCAGCCAAAGAUGUACGAGGCGUCUUCAGAAACAAAGCCUCUGUCCCUCUGUAAGACGGACCUAGAGUCCAGUGAGCAAAGUAGGACGCAGAGAUGCAGCCAGUCUCAGCACCAGCCUCUUCAGCAGAUACUCCUCCCCCAGAACAACAUGGAGCAAAACACCAACCAAACGAUGUGUUCUUCCAGGCUGACGGAGGGACAGCAGGAACCCCUUAGCCUGGUGAAAAACAGGCAACCAAUGAGCUAUCAGGCUCCUACAGGAGCAGAGAACAGCAUGAGUGCAGUGAGGACGGGACGCAGACGCUGGGGACAGACGUCUUACAGAUCUGUGGACAGCUGGGACGACGGUGAGGACGCAGACGCCGGAGUAUCCAUCUCCAAAAAGCCCACCAUCAACUCUCUGCAGGACGCGGCAGCAGACGGGCCCAGCUGUCGAUUUGUAGAGUCACAGAACGAAACGGAAGUAAAGCUGCCGAACAGAGCUGACUCCUCCACGCUGUCCGCCAAGCAGCACUACCUCCGCCAGUCCAGGUAUCUGCCCGGCAUAAAUCCAAAGAACAGCUCCUCAGCAGAAAGAGAGGUGAUCGGCAGAAACCCGUGGGGCGCCUCAGGUUUCCCCAGAGAAAAUACGUCAGAGUUUCCUCCAAAUAAAAACAAUAGUCUUCCUAAACUAACAGAUAAGCAGCCUCUUAAAGAGAAGAGUCAGGAGGAUCUUGAUCUUUCUAAAGACUCCUUCCUGAGCAACAAAACUCCGAAGACACACAUGCCACCUUUUCAGAAGGCUGAAAUAGGAUCAGCGAGACAGAGGAUCCCACUGGCACCCAUAGGAGGAAGCUCUGCCAUUGAUCUAAGAGUGGAGUCCAGAAUCAAAUCAUCCAAGAACAAGACCUCCUCAAAUAAACUGCUGCCCUUAAACGAAGAGCAUGAAGGGUGGAGGAACAGAUCUCUGAAUCCUCAGAUCUCUGGAUCCAGCGCCACAGGGAGGAACUCUUUAGCAAGGAGCACGAACCUCCAGCAAGUGCACGGACGGGUCGACUGGACCGCCAAAUACAGAGGAAACCAGUAGCACCAGUCCACUCGGCACCACCAAAGACUCAUGCACUAUAGCCAGAAAAUAUUUUAAAGGUUUCCUGCUAGUCUGUUACAUUUGCCACGUUAAUAAAUAUUGUUCAGUGUCACACAUGUGUCCCAUAACUCCUACUGUCAGUAUUUUCUUUUAAUAAUAGACAAUACAUUUGUUAUUUUUUCAUUAAAGUGGAAACACCAGAUAUAUAUUUUAAAGAUAAAAACACUUCUGUAGAAAAAUGUACUUCCUUUCUCGUACCUUCACCUAUAAAGUCACGUAUUUUGUAUCACAUUUUUUAUACAGAACCAGAAUGUAAUAGUAAACUAGGGAAUGUAAUUGAUUGUACAGUAUGUGGAAACGUCCAUAAUAUGCAUCGACAAACAGAAAAGACACUUGUACAUAUGUUUAAGAUUUAUGUGGUUUCCUUUGCAUUCCAGCGAUGAUCUUCACCAGCAUCAGUCCACUGAAAAUAAACAUUUACAACUGAAUAUAUGGUUAAAAAUGACUGAAAAAUAAAGUAUGUGUGUAUAAGAAAACUAA